AUGAAGCUGCAUCAACCUCAACAAUUCCUGGCCCUGCUCGGAGGACUGACCCUGGUUCUCUGCAUGGUUGAUCGUAUAACCGCCGCCAGCGGUGGACUUCUUGGAGGUGGUGGAGGCGGUGGCGGUGUCGGUGGAGGAAGUGGUGGCAGUGGUGGUGCUCGAGGAUCGGGUAUGUACAACUAUGGCACCUACGGCGGAAUGGGAGGAUUGGGUAGCAUCAGCGGUGGCGGGAUGCGCCGAGGCGCUGGCGUGUACGGACCGAUUGGCCUUGGAAAUCCGCACGACGCCCCACGAUAUUUGCAUCCUGGCCAGGACGGUACCUCCGCGACGAAGGGUCCUAUGUCGGCUAAAUCUGGCCACCAUCGACUUUCGGCCUGGGGCAUCAUUACGAUUGUAACAUUUGUCAUUCUGAUCGGUGCCGGCGCGUACUGGGGCUUUAUCUGCUAUCCAUUCUUCUGCAAGAAGGAACGCAGCUACAACAUGAUGAUGAACAUGUCGUCGGCAACCACUGCCACACCGUCAACGCGAUCGACCGAAUUCGAGAAACUCGAUCACUGCUGCUCCAAAUCGACCACCUCUACCCGUAGCAAUGAUACGGGCAUUAGCAACAUCUAA